AAAGAGGGUUUGGCUCACGUGCGGAAGAGGCUCGAGGAGAGUUUGAAGAAUUGACUUCUGGGAUGCGGAGCAGCCGGCGGCAAGAGAGCGCGAGACAGCAGCAGCAGCACGGAGGAGUGAAUGUUUCCAGGAGCCGCAAAGAGACGAGCGGGAAGUCCAAACCGCGCAGUUUGACCUAAACAAUCACAUUCUGCUUUGCUCGGUGAACAGAGACUGAGCGGAGGAGGGGGAAAAAGUUCAGAUCCCACGAAUCAGCGCGUGGGAGUGGGAAGCAGGAUCGUGACCAACUGAGGAAAGCUCCACUGUCUGUCUCGCCAUGGCAGCCCCUGGAGGUGACAUGCAGUGGUGCUUCUCUCAGGUGAAAGGAGCCAUUGAUGACGACGUAGCUGAAGCGGACAUAAUAUCUACGGUUGAGUUUAACCAUACAGGAGAGCUGCUGGCUACCGGAGACAAAGGAGGGCGGGUGGUGAUCUUUCAGCAGGAAAUAGAGAAUAAAAGCUUGCCUCAGUUCCGGAGCGAGUACAACGUUUACAGCACCUUCCAAAGCCACGAGCCUGAGUUCGACUACUUGAAGAGUUUGGAAAUCGAAGAGAAGAUCAACAAGAUCCGCUGGCUUCCUCAGAAGAAUGCUGCACAGUUUUUGUUGUCGACAAACGAUAAGACCAUUAAGUUGUGGAAAAUCAGUGAGCGAGACAAGAGACCUGAUGGUUACAACCUGAAAGAAGAUGACGGCCGAUGCAAAGACCCUAAUUCCAUCACAUCUCUGAGGGUUCCAGUUUUAAUACCCAUGGACCUGAUGGUGGAGGCCAGUCCACGGAGGGUGUUUGCCAACGCUCACACCUACCACAUCAACUCUGUCUCAGUCAACAGCGACCACGAGACCUACCUGUCUGCAGAUGACCUACGCAUCAACCUCUGGCACCUGGAGAUCACCGACCGCAGCUUCAAUAUCGUUGAUAUUAAACCCGCCAACAUGGAGGAGCUAACAGAGGUGAUCACAGCAGCAGAAUUCCAUCCUCAUCAGUGCAACACCUUCGUCUACAGCAGCAGCAAAGGCAUCAUCCGUCUGUGCGACAUGAGAGAGUCGGCUCUGUGUGACAGGCACACCAAGUUGUUUGAGGAGCCGGAAGAUCCCAGUAACCGCUCCUUCUUCUCCGAGAUCAUCUCCUCCAUCUCAGACGUCAAGUUUAGUCAUAGCGGACGCUACAUGAUGACCCGAGACUAUUUGUCUGUGAAGAUUUGGGACCUGAACAUGGAAAACAGGCCGGUGGAGACCUAUCAGGUUCAUGAGUACCUGAGGAGCAAGCUCUGCUCGCUCUAUGAGAACGACUGCAUCUUUGACAAGUUUGAAUGCUGCUGGAAUGGCAACGACAGCGUGGUCAUGACCGGCUCGUACAACAACUUCUUCCGGAUGUUUGACCGCAGCCAGAGGCGGGACGUCAUGCUGGAAGCGUCCCGCGAAAACAGCAAGCCCAUGCAGGUCCUAAAGCCCCGCAAGGUGUGCGCCGGAGGCAAGCGCAAGAAGGACGAGAUCAGCGUGGAUAGCUUGGACUUCAAUAAAAAAAUCCUUCACACUGCUUGGCACCCCCAGGACAACAUCAUCGCAGUGGCGACGACUAACAACCUCUACAUAUUCCAAGAUAAAAUAAACUAAGGCGAGGGCGGGUUUGUGCGAGACGAGGUGGAGAGAUUCUCAUCUUUCCCACCGGCGGCCUCACCCGGGAUGAGCUGUGGUGGUGCAGACUACCAGCAUCCCUCUCUGUCACCUCCAGGUGACCAGACUUUGCCACUUUGUUCUGGAUGUGGACAGAGGAAGACGCUCUUGCCCAUCAUCAGUCAGUCUGAGGGGGCGGAGUCACAUCUGCCUUGUUAUUUAAGUGAUGUGCCAAUUUAUUUUUUGUUCAAACCUCCCAAUUUGCUCCUCCACUGUGAGCAAAACAGUUUCAUUUCUGACUACAGGCACUCAUUUUUAUACCUCCCCCUCAAUGGUUCUGUAGUAAAACAAAGAAAUAAACACUUUAGUGUGUCCCUUUA